GGGGGGUAAGAUUUGAAGUAGAAAAGAGGAGGAGGAGGUCUUUUUUGUUUAACUAGAGUUUGACAAACACAGUCGUCGUCAGAGAAGGUCUUUCUCUCUCUGGGUUUAACCAAAAUAUGCAAUCUCGCGGCGAUUACAGCAACGGUUUCCACGAGCUUGAACCGGUAGAAGAGAAGCGAGUCCCCGGUUUCAGCUCUUUUGGCCGAGCUAAAAGACGCAGCAAUCGCGGUGGAGCUCCUGACACUAGAGACGGUCUGGCCAAUGGGGUUAGGGUUUCCGACCAGCUCGGAGAGCAGAAGCCGCUGGAGACUCAGAAGUCUCCUCCGCCUUGCACUGACUUCGACGUUGCCUAUUUUCAUUCCUAUGCUCACGUAGGGAUUCACGAAGAGAUGAUCAAGGAUCGGGCUCGGACAGAAACUUAUAAAGAAGCUAUAAUGCAGCAUCAGAGCUUAAUCCAGGGCAAGGUUGUGGUGGACGUUGGCUGUGGAACAGGCAUCCUUUCAAUCUUCUGUGCUCAAGCUGGUGCUAAACGGGUAUAUGCUGUAGAUGCAAGUGAUAUUGCUGUCCAGGCAAAGGAAGUUGUGAAAGCCAACGGUUUAUCCGACAAGGUCAUUGUUUUGCAUGGGAGAGUGGAGGAUGUUGAAAUCGACGAGGAGGUUGAUGUUAUAAUUUCAGAGUGGAUGGGUUACAUGCUCUUGUAUGAGAGUAUGCUGGGAAGUGUUAUUACAGCUAGAGAUCGCUGGUUGAAGCCUGGAGGUUUGAUUCUCCCAUCACAUGCAACAUUGUACAUGGCCCCUGUAACACACCCGGAGAGAUACAGUCAUAGCAUUGAUUUUUGGCGCAACGUUUAUGGAAUUGAUAUGUCUGCAAUGAUGCAGUUAGCUAAACAGUGUGCAUUUGAAGAACCUAGCGUGGAGUCCAUUUCAGGCGAGAACGUUCUAACAUGGCCAGAAGUGGUUAAACAUAUAGACUGUCAGACAGUAAAAAUCCAAGAGCUAGAUUCCGUUACUGCAAGAUAUAAAUUCAAGUCAAUGAUGAGAGCUCCUAUGCAUGGUUUUGGAUUUUGGUUUGACGUUGAGUUCAGCAAACCGCCCUCUUCGCCUGCCAAGACUACUAGUGCAACAAGUGUUGCUAGUGGUUCUUCAUCAAUGAGUCCUUCUAGAGAAGGUUAUCAGAAGAAGCGGAGUAAUCCGAGUGAUGCACUCGUGUUGUCCACCUCUCCCGAGGCUCCUCCAACGCAUUGGCAGCAAACAAUUGUAUAUUUCUAUGACCCAAUAGACGUAGAGCAAGACCAAGUCAUUGAAGGUUCCGUUACACUUUCUCAAAGUAAAGAGAACCGGAGGUUCAUGAACAUCCACCUCGAAUAUUCCUCGGCCGGCCGUUCCUUUGUAAAAGAGUCGGUAAUGCGUUAGGAAGGCGAUUCUCUGACAAUAUCUUCUUCAUUACCUUAGAAGCUCUGUAUGAUUUAUAGUCUCUUCUGUUAAAGCAAUCAUUAGUCCAGAACCGACGAAGACAUUAGCCAACAUAUUCAGUCUGCGAAACCACAAGUUCUUGUAAGACUAUUUAGGGUUAAAUGAGAUGGAAGCAGUUAUAGGACAACUUCUUACUUGUAACUCAGCAUUCAUAACUUGCUUCUCUCUUGAGUGCUUUUAUUUAUCAUGCAUAAUUUUUUGGUACGUUGUAUGACCUCAUAGUCGAAAUAUUCAAAUUUGUGUGUUUAAAAUAUUUUUAUC